AUGAUGAAUAGGGCGCUGUUAAAGGCGCCUCUGCGCUAUCCACAGGUAGCCCGUGCAUUGGCUUUCCGUUCCAGUACGGGGGUUUAUCACCAAACAUUCCCAACAUGCUCAAUCUACAAAUUCUCUCGCCGAACCUUGACCUCAAACUCUUGUCUCGCAUCAGAUCGUCCCCCCUCAUCUCAAUUCCCCCCAAAUCCCCCAGUGAUCGAAGAAAAUGACCCCACUACGCAAAAUCAAGCAGCUGAGCCAUCGCAGCACAUCCCGUGGUAUCUACAGGAAGAGACACCGCUUCCUGCUGCGGAGAUAUCGUCACGACAGCAGAUCCCCGAACUUCCAGAAAACCCACCGAAAAUCUUGCCAGUGCUACUAGAAUAUGUUUUCAAAGACCUUGGAUUGGAUGAUCUCAGAUUGUUUGAUCUUCGAGAUCUGGAAACGCCUCCUGCCCUUGGAGCGAAUGUGAUUAUGAUUAUCGGAACUACCCGUAGUGUGAAACAUCUGAAUGUUUCUGCAGACCGCCUCUGUCGCUGGUUGAGAAGUACCUGGAAACUAUCCCCCUAUGCCGAUGGGCUGCUCGGGAGGAAUGAACUCAAGAUCAAGCUCCGACGCAAGGCGCGUCGGGCUAGACUUGCCAGUCGCACUGGGACAAUAUUCGACGACAAGGAUGAUGGAAUCACGACUGGGUGGAUUUGUGUUAACGCAGGUGUGGUAGAAAAGACCCCUAUUCAGGAGAAACCGGAUCCUGUAUUCGAAGGCUUCGGCACGCUCGGGGUUGGCACACGUGUUGUGGUGCAGUUGUUCACGGAGGAAAAGAGAGAAGAGGUGGACUUGGACGGUCUUUGGGAACAGAAUCUAGCCCGAGCCGAACGAGCGAGGCAAACCCCUUCCAAGAUUCCCUCGGACGCACCCGAAGAGGUUCGUUCUCCCAACUCGAUGAAAACAUCACCGUCUGACCGUGAAAUUCGACAUGUUACCAGGCCGUCCGUGAGCCUUCCGCUUGACCAAAGAAGGCAAUUCCAUAGUAGGUCCCGGCUUCAACAUUCGGACCUCGAACAGGAAGUAGAUGGGGCACAGCGAGCCAUAGCGUCGCAGCCCCCACGGUUUUCAGACCCUCUUGAACCCCGUAAUGAAGCCGAUUCGGGGUUUCAUACUAGAUCAUUGUUUGAGCGUCUUUUGGAUCUACCCGACAAAAGAGUUAGACGCGAAUUAGGAAGUGGCCUGGAAGACGAAAACUCGACUCUCUUUCUGCGCCUUUUUUACGAUAGCCUCGCUAGAUCAUCUGUAGAGGACAAAGCCUUGGCGCAAGUGGAACUUGCCUGCAUAGCCAUUUCUCGACAACACCCGGGGUAUACCAAGGAGAGUUUACAUCUGAAGAUCCUCGGCUGCUUUGCGUCUGGCUGUUUUGUUUCCGAAGAACUCACUUCUCAAGUUGUCCUUGCAUUACUAACAGCGCACCCAGCCCCCGACAAGAAAUCAAAACCAUGGUUACCCGAUUCAGACAAAGAAGCCGCCCUCAGCGUUUUAGACCACAUGUCCCUCCGAGGAAUGGAUGUUCUAACUCUCAAGUUCUUCAACAAGCUAUACACCGCAGCUUCCCUCCCAACAACCCCUGACAACAACAACAACAACAACAACAGCAGCAACAACCGCAACGUAUCUGGUGGAGCGAAGCACAUUGCGCAACUCCUCGACAUCCUCGAUGUACCUUUUGAUCCAGAGCAGGCCCGGAUACAUAUGAUGCUUCGCUUUCGGAACGGCGACUUUGACGGAUUCUGGAAGUGGUGGCGCAAGCUGCCCCUCCUCGGAAGUCCUCGUACGUACGAGGAUUACGAGACGCUCUUUAAGUUGCACGCUGUGCUAAAGGACAGGCUUCGGGCACGGGACUGCGCAUCCACUUGGGUGCCAAUGAUGUCUCGAGAGGACCCACCUAUCCCAUUGGAGGGCGAACUUCUCCAUAAUGUUAUGUACUGUAUUGUUGUUGCGGAGCCUGAGAUUGAGAAGCAAGUGGAAGAAGGCUCUACAAGUGCUCUAGCUCAAUUGUGGGAAGAGUGCCAGAUGAGGAUCCAGGACCGUCCUUGUUCGCAAUUAUCAGACCUUCUCCCACCAUCCAUUCGAUAUAUUCUAGCGGUUGCAACACACCGUCAUCCGCGAUACUUGCUUCGGGUGCUGAACUCCUUCGAUGAGGUCUACGCGCUGCUUUCCCUGAUCGUCGAACGUUACUAUCUCCGCAACUUCGGCGGCUCCUUCACAGAGAACUUUUACUCACUGAAACGGGAGCGCGUUCUUCUAACUAAGAAUGGCGAGAUUCCUCGGGCUCAGAUUGGAGCCCCAGGCCCAGUCCGUGACAGCCUUAAGCUGCGUUCCGCUGAUGUAUGGAAGAAUCUGCUCAUCAUGGUGGGCAUUCCCUAUUUGAAGCGCAAGCUAGAUGAAGGCUACGACAUCCAUGCUGCUCCACAGGCAUCCUUGAUCAUGAGUGGCGGCCCGAGAUACAACCCGAGCGAAGACCUGCCGCCAAGCCCGACUGUUCGUCAGCGUAUCAUGUACGCAUACAAAUGGUUCCUCCGGAACGUUUAUCCGUCCGUGAAUGCGGCAUACUACUUCUCCAUCCUGGCCUUCAACUUGGCCUACCUUUUCGAUAAUACCAAAUAUUCUUCUCCAUUCCUUCGGCUUAUUGGCACACGGAUCCGCCGGCUGAGCUCCGCAGACCACCAGGCCAUUGCCAAGGUGCUCGAAGGCACAGCUCCUCCUACCGCAGGUGCUCGAACACGUCCCGGAUCAGGACUUCUAGGCCUCUUAAGCCCACAAAGCCUCUACCCGCAACUACUCACAUCCCUCCGCUAUUUCCUCCCAGCUUCUAUCUUUGCUCUUAAGUUCCUUGAAUGGUGGCAUGCCAGCGACUUCUCGCGACAACUCACCCGCAAGGCCACAGAUAUCCUAGAUAUCCCUGCCCCUGUCACGAAGGGGAUGAUUCCGCCGGCCGAACGCACAAAGAAACCCGAGAAACAAGAAUCAUCACCCACGCGUAAAUCCGCCCUGAGAUCCUCCGCUCGCAGUCGCAUCCAACCUCCUAUAUCCGCUACCUCAUACCUGCCUAUCUUCACGGUUCCACUCCCGCCAGCUGAUUCAGAUGCUGCCUCAGCAUGUCCCGUCUGUCUGAACCCUCUGACAAACCCUACCGCCUGCCAGACGGGCUAUGUGUACUGCUACGUAUGUAUUUUCCACUGGCUGAACGGGGAGCACCAACGACAAUUGGAUUUUAUGAACGGAGAAGGCGCCGGCGCCGCAUGGGAGGAUGACUUCGUGGAUGAGGAAGGAGCAGAUGCCGAUAAGACUGAUGACAACAAAUUAGCAUCUCGCCCGGGAAAGAGUAGACAGGGCAAAUGGGAGAGUGGAAAGGGGAGGUGUCCAGUUACAGGGAGGAGAGUACUAGGUGGGACUGAAGGUUUGAGGAGGGUUCUCGUCUAA